GUCACGCGCAGUGGGCAGGGCCUCGCUGGGAAUCAGGAACAAUCUACAGCAGCCUAUGAUUGUAUCUGCUAAUGCGAAUGCUUGUGUUCAGCGAUCGUGAGCACUAAUAGUGCAUUACUCUUCUUCUGUCUUUCCACGUUAAAGAAAUGCCAACAUGGGCUCUACAUGUGAAAUCAACGCCGCGAUGAGUGUUUGGAGAAGACUGUCUCUGUUUGUUUUGGCGAGCUCCCUCUGCUCGCGCCUGUGCCGAGCUGAAGACAGUGCGAUGGAGAACAUCGUGACAGAGAAGAAAGCCGAAGAAAGCCACAGGCAAGACAGCGCCGAUCUGCUGGUCUUUAUCCUGCUCCUCACCCUGACGAUCUUGACCAUAUGGUUGUUCAAACACCGCCGCUUCAGGUUUCUGCACGAGACGGGACUGGCGAUGAUAUAUGGGUUGCUUGUGGGUGUUGUACUGCGAUAUGCUAUUCAUGUACCCAGCGACAUGAACAAUAUUACACUGAGCUGUAAUGUCACUGCCAGUCCAGCCACACUGCUGGUGAAUGUCAGUGGUAAGUUCUAUGAGUACACACUGAAAGGAGAGAUCAGUGGCAGUGAAGUCAAUGACAUUCAGGACAACGAGAUGCUCCGCAAGGUGACCUUUGACCCAGAGGUCUUCUUCAAUAUUCUCUUGCCUCCCAUAAUUUUCCAUGCUGGAUACAGUUUAAAACGAAGACAUUUCUUCAGGAACCUGGGCUCCAUUCUUGCCUACGCGUUUGUGGGAACCUUGGUGUCUUGUUUCAUCAUUGGGUCAUUAAUGUAUGGCUGUGUGAUGCUGAUGAAGCAAAUCGGCCAUAUGGGUGGUGAUUUCUUCUUCACCGAUUGCCUUUUCUUUGGUGCCAUUGUCUCAGCCACUGACCCAGUGACCGUUCUGGCCAUCUUCAAUGACCUGCAGGUGGACGCUGACUUGUACGCGCUGCUGUUUGGAGAAAGUGUUCUGAAUGAUGCCGUCGCUCUCGUACUGUCCUCGUCAAUUGUUGCAUAUCAGCCUGAGGGAGACAACACUCACACGUUUGAAGCCAUGGCCAUGCUGAAGUCCUUUGGAAUCUUCCUGGGGGUCUUCAGUGGUUCUUUUGCUCUUGGAGUGGCAACUGGAGUCGUAACUGCAUUGGUUACUAAGUUCACUAAGCUUAGGGACUUUCCAUUGCUGGAGACGGCACUGUUCUUCCUCAUGUCCUGGAGCACAUUCCUACUGGCCGAGGCAUGUGGAUUUACAGGUGUGGUGGCGGUUCUGUUCUGUGGAAUGACACAGGCACAUUACACCUUUAACAAUCUUUCUCCUGAAUCUCAGGAAAGGACAAAGCAAUUAUUCGAGCUUCUGAAUUUUUUGGCUGAGAACUUCAUAUUUUCCUACAUGGGCUUGACAUUGUUUACCUUCAAGAACCACGUCUUCAACCCAAUCUUCAUAGUGGGCGCAUUCCUGGCUGUGUUUCUGGGGAGAGCGGCGAACAUCUACCCCCUCUCCUUCCUGCUGAACUUGGGCCGUAAAUACAAGAUCAGCCCCAACUUCCAGCACAUGAUGAUGUUUGCAGGUCUUCGUGGCGCCAUGACCUUUGCCUUGUCAAUCAGGGACACGGCCACGUAUGCGCGGCAGAUGAUGUUCUCCACCACGCUGCUGGUGGUCUUCUUCACCGUUUGGAUCUGCGGUGGAGGCACAACUCAGAUGCUGUCCUGCCAGAAAAUCCGUGUUGGAGUAGACACCGAUCUGGAGAACUUUAUCGGCCCUGAUGGAGUGGAGAGGAGGAGCACUAAACACGAGAGCGCCUGGUUCUUCAGGAUCUGGUACAACUUUGAUCACAAUUAUCUCAAGCCCUUUCUGACCCACAGUGGCCCACCGCUCACUGCCACACUCCCAGCCUGCUGUGGCCCUCUGGCACGUUGCCUCACCAGCCCACAGGCGUAUGAGAAUGAGGAGCAGCUGAAAGACAGCGACUCGGACCUGAUCCUGAACGACAGUGACAUCACGCUGACGUACGGUGACAUCACUGUGAGCACAGAUGCAACGGGCGCUCACACGAGCGGGACGCCCGUCGGAAGAGUGACUGUGCACUCUGACGAGGCUCUGGACCGAGAGCUGGCGUUUGGCGACCACGAGCUGGUGAUCCGAGGCACCCGCUUGGUCCUGCCCAUGGAUGAUUCGGAGCCCCCGCUGCCUCUAGACUCCCAUCGCUACCGGCACAAGAACGAAUCGAUGAGUUGAACGGCCCGAGCCUCUUCUCUCUAACAUGUCUCAUCCAGAGUGAUCUCUCUCAGCACUUCUCCUGUCUCUGAAGUGGCUGGUUUGAUGUCUCUACCUCAUUUGUCACUCUUUCUUUUACAUCAGAAAUCUCAAUUAUUUAUCUACUUCUCUUGUGCAAGGCUAUUUUUUUUCUGUUUACAGCCGCCAAUCAGACCACUUAGCAUCUGACAUCACAUAUCGGAAGCAUGUUCUGGUUUCUCUAAGGUUAUCAUGACAACAGAAUAAGCAUACUUUAAUUGUCUGUAAAGCAAGGCGUAAAAUUGCCAUGACCUGGCCUGCAUGCUUAUUUGUGUCCUCUCUUGACGUGCGAGCGCUUGUUUAGGAGAUGUGAAGAGUCCGCCGCACAUUCCUGUGGGUCUGAUGCUUUUUACUGCCUUGUGUCUUUGUGAGCGUCUGACAGAGGCGUGCUGGCUGGUGGCUCUGGGUUUGCUGUGCAGUUACAAUCAAGUGCCUGUCGAAUGUAGUUUCCCCUCCUUUUGAGCAAAAUGACACUCUUUGCCAUCCACUAGAGGGAGGCCUUGUAUUUUGAUACUGUAUUGUUCGUCUGAGCUGUGCGGUAACUUGUGAUUGGCUGUAGAGGUGUGCUUGGAUCUUACAUUGUGACCUUUGACUGUGAAUCUCUGAAGGUUUUUACGCCUUGUUUGUGUUAUCGUUCAGAAGAAAGAGAGCCAUUCAUACGGUGCACUUUCCUUUUUUUCGUUGUUGUAACAUUUUUCUAAAACGACUAAGAAUAGAGAUAAUUUUUCUUUCUUUUUUUGUCUUAUGUAGUUUAAAUGGUUUAUGAACUAAAUGUCAUGUUUGAUUACGAAGGUCUAAAAUAACAUGCGUUUGACAUCGGGAUUACAAACGGCAAAAAAUUAAGAGAAGAUUGCCGUACUUUUUGUAGUAGGGCCAUCUAGCAUAAUGCAUUGAGCAAACAGUUAAAAAAAAAAGAAAGAAAGAAAUGCUAAUGACUUUAUUCCUAACUUUUUGCAUGACAUGUCAUGUGGAGAAGUAUAACCCUCCACGUUUCCUCCCAGUUCUAAUCAAUUGAAAAUUCUUUACCUAUCUAGAUUAGUGAAGAGCAUCGCAUCAACACCGGUGUGAUUUUUACAUUGGUUGGAGUUCAGAUUUUAGACUAAUUUUUAAAGGGCUGAAUGAAUCAAAGAAGUUUUAAUGUUCACGCCUAUGAAAAGAAAGAACAUUGUACGAGGCGUCAAGUUCUGUUUGAUGGUUUCAGGCUGGACAGGCAACUGAAAAAAUGGGGUUGGAUUUGCAUGCAGUAAAUUCUCUGUUAAUGGCAUUACAGUAAGAUCUUUACUUUUAGACCUGCAUCCCAAUUUACAUGCACUACAUCCAAAACAGAUGGUGAAGAUUAGAAUUAGUGCCUCCCAAAUUGUUUAACUUUUCUCAUAAUUUGAGAUUUUUUACAGAAUCUGUAAGGUGUUCAGCAUUUUUUUUAUUUUUAUUAAUUAAACUGAUAUUUAAGUAUGUUCAACUACACAAAAUCAUAAAAGUGAAAUUACACCGGUUACUCAAUCCAAAAGUUUACACUCCCUUGGUUCAUCAUUCUGUUUGACAACUCUAUCAAUGUGAUGUUUAUACUUGAAUCUCUUAUGUAAGAUAUAUAUAUAUAUAUAUAUAUAUAUAUAUAUAUAUAUAUAUAUAUAUAUAUAUAUAUAUAUAUAUAUAUAUAUAUAUAUAUAUAAAUAAUAAUAAUUAUUAUUAAUAUUAUUAUUAUUAUAAAUUCUACAAGGGGUACAUAAACUGCUUUUGAGUUUAAUAGACAAUUUCAUGAUGUCCUGGUACUUUCUGUCAUACAGUGUACUUUCCCAUCCUCAGUAAAAUGUACAUGCUUUAAGUUUGCACUAGAAGUAUGUAAAUUGGGAUGCAGGUAAUGAUUUAGUUAUUCUUCAUUUUAAGAUGAAGUGAGAUUUCAUGAUGAGUCAUGACCCAAGAAAAUGAAGGAACGCAAGUAGAGGAGCAAACAGAUCUUUUGUAGAAUCUGGUCCAUGUGUUAGUAGAUUAUCUAUUGCUUUCUGUCUGUUUGUGAACUGUAUAGAAACUGCUGUUGUGUGGAUGUUGUCUGGCCAGGGUGGCAUCAUUGACUGCGCAGCAGGAAGUGUGCUGGAAAACUGCACAGGCUGUGGAAAGAGAGGAUGACGGCUGGUCUUGACAGUAGCAUUAGAAGCCUUCGACACAGAUAUUUCCUGCUGUGCAGGGUGAUGUGAGGGGGGGCCCCAGUAUUGUAAUGCACAGGAACAGUGCGUGUGUGUUUGAAUAGACAUAAGAGUUAAGCAUUAUUAGCAGAUUUGCACAUUCGUUUUUGUUUUUAAUUUGGUUUAAAAGUGACAUACCUGAAAAAAUUAUGUUCUAAUGUAUGUAAUGUUCUUUGUCUGAGCAUCAUGAUGAACUCCAAUACAGAUCGUCCUUUUUUUUUUUUUGUCCUUUGAGAAAUUCAGACAUCCUGCUAAAUUCUUCUUUUGUGGAAAACUAAUGAUUAGAAGAGAACAAAAAAGUAUUGAGUGUCUGUAAUACCUGUUUGCAGCAGGAUUUCUUGCGUUUGCAAUACUUGAGAAUGAAUCUUGUACCUUUUAAGAGCAGAACCUAUGAGUAGUGAAUCUAUGAGAUGGAUAUUGAGUGGAACAGAUGAACUAGAAGUUUCUGUACAUUGUAAAGAUACCGUUCCAGAAAAGAAUUCCAUUUAUUAAGGGGUGUGAUUACUUGGAUUAAACCUUUUUUCUUUUUAAACACUUGUAUAAUCUAUGUCGUCCUCCAAAAAUGCGAAGAAUGAGCGCUUGAGUGUAAGACUAAAGAGACCUGUGCAUCCCAGCCAGUCCAAAGUAGCAGAAGCAAGCUGAACGGACUUUAAUGGUGGUAUAUGUGCAGUUUGUUCUGGUACACAGCUGUGUGUUAGUCACACGAUGUGCAGCUCUACUCUAAUGUGUUGCAGGUACUGACUUUUUACAUCUGUGUAAAUAUUCUCAUCUGUUCAUGUGUGUGCAAUGGUCAAUAAACUGAAGCCUGUGCUUUAGAUUAAA